AUCCGAUUCUUCUUUGAUUGCUCGCAAUCUUCUUCCUUUACGAUCUCCCUCAUCAUCUUCCUCCUUCUCCCAUCGCCCAAAUACUCGACUAAUAUGGAUCUCCUGAUCAAACCCAACCCCACGUCCAAGAUCCACAUCGAGGUUUGCAUGAUCUCCGCCCGCGGCCUCCGGCGCCGCCGCUCCACCUUCCUCAAGCCGCAGUGGUUCGCCGUCGGGUGGGUCGACCCCGACGAGAAGUACUGCACUAGGAUCGAUACCUCCGGCAUCUCCAAUCCCACGUGGAAGACCAAAUUCUCGCUCGCCGUCGGAGACGCCACCAUCUCUGGCGAACUGGCAGCCUCCCUGACGGUGGAAGUCUACAAGAGGGAGCCCAUUUUUCUGAGGGAGAAGCUUCAUGGUGUCGCGGUGGUGCCGUUGAAGGAGUUCAUGGUCAGAUUCUUGAGCCAAACAGAGUCGAAUCCGAUGGUGGAGAGUUUCCAGCUGAGGAAGAAGAAUUCGGAGGAAAGCCGUGGAUUUGUCGACAUCUCUAUCCAUAUUUACCGGAAAAGCGAGCAAAAUUAUCAUCGAACCACCGAUGGAGAUUUCCCAUACGCAAAUGAUAGGGACGGAAUCACAAUCGCCAUCGGAGAUGGCCCGACCUUACCUUUCCCGGCCCAUCCACAACCUCUGAGCUGCCGGCCUACCACUCCUCCACCGCCUCCGCCGCCUUCUAACGCAGGAUAUUUACCGUCGUUGUUCCCGGGAGCAGCAGCUCCCCCGCCGGAGACUUACGUCAGUCUGCCGCCGCAGGGGGCGGUGAGACAUGGGGGUGGAGCGCCGUCGGGGUUCGGGAUGGGACUCGGAGCUGGCGCCUUGGCAGCCGGAGCUGUGAUCUUCGGGGACGACUUCAUGUCGGGUUCCCCUUUCCCGGCUGGGCUUCACGGCAGCAGCUUGACUGUAUCGGCUGACGGAGAUGCUCUGUUCUGAUGUAUAUCGAAUUGAUAGAUUAACGGCUUCCAAUAAAUAUUUAUAAA